CAGCACGGUGUGUGAAAGAGCGACGUCCAGCUGCGUUUUUAUCGGCGGGAUCGGGUUAUGCUCCGUGUGUCCGAGGAUCUGCCGAUUUUCCCUGACUUUUCCGAGCGUUGAUGAUGAGCUGACUAUUGUGUGUGGAAAGCCAAAGUGAGCUGCAUUUCAGUGCGUUCGUGUGCGGUGUGUGGUUUUUGGGGCAUUUUCUUUUUUUACCAUGGGUGUGUGUGCGCGCGCCAUGGGCCAGGAGUGUGUCUUUGAUGGAAACCUGUACUAGAAAGGGUGGAAAUUUGUAAGCGACACAAGCAAGUGUCCCAUGCGUGUGGUGUGAAAUUUGUUCGUUCGUUGUGUGCCAUGCUGAUGAACGGUGGUGUGUAGGGACUACUCGGAUGUAGUUCUCCUAUCAAGUGUUGCGAGGGAAGAAUCUCGAUGUGUGUGGCGAACAUGGUGCUCCAAGUGACUCUCGGAAACGGCUCAUCAUCGGUGAAACAUAGUUAUCGUUGGAACCCGACGUUCUAUAUUGUCGUCUCAUCGUAAUUCUUGUCCCGAACGACAACGCACAGCGCGCAGGCAUAGGCCGCCUUCAACACAUUUUUCCUGCAUAACCGCAGCUGGCUCGAUUGACGCGUUUCGGCGCUCGAUGAGACAUAAGUGUUUUUGUGUGUGUUUGUGAUAGAGUGUGUGGGUGAAAAUUGUUAAUAGAAGAUUUUUGUGAAAUUUUACCCGCAACUAAUUGUGCGUUAAACAAUCGGCGGCAAACCAAACCUACCUACUGCUUUACGCUACGGUGCAACAUCACCCGGCUCACACCGAUGUGAGCGUGUGUGCGUGCGUGGUUGUUGAAUGUGUGUAAAAAAAUCGAAAAAAGAAAAUCAACCCAUUGUGGUAUCUUCGUGAUCUUCUUACUUUUGGGUGCGUGUGACCACCGCAUAUUGAUCACAUUUACCAUUUUAUCCUGGGACGCAUAUUGCGUGAGUGUAUUUUUCUAUCGUCGUCCUAGUGCCCGUGCGUGUGUGUGGGUGAAAACGUGAUUUUGUUACCGUGAGCACAGCAGCCGGAGAAUAACUCCACCCUCAACGUCAUCUGGCGGCGUCUGUUGGCCACGGAUCUAGUCCGGGAGUGACGAGCGCGCCCAGCUGAUCGAGGCGAGUACAGUGUGAGGCGGUGUGGCCGGCCAGGCAUUCCUCGCACGGUUGAGGAUCAAUUUUUGCCGGGUUGCGUUUUUUUUGCGGGCCACAUGAACGUGUGCUGCCUGCGAUACUGCUUUGCGCGGGCGUGCGUGUAUUUGUGAGUCGGUUGUGUGAUCGAAGAGCUAAAGCGAAAGGGGAAGUGAGUGAGUGAGUGAGCGCGAGAAGGCAGGGGAACGAUCCGCGUCUGGGCCAAAGCACCACGCAUCGCUGCAGGUGCAUCGGCUAAUUAUUGGUGGAAGCGGUUUUUGUUUCGUCUGCUGCUACCGACCGAAUCGGCAUCGUAAAAAGGAAAUACAGAAGGCACUGUUUGGAGCCACCUCGACACUUCGAAAGGAGGAAACCUACACGGACCGCCAGUGCGCCAGCGAGUGUGGGUGAAGAUGUAUGCAAAAGGCAAAGGGACAGCGGUGCCGUCAGAUGCACAAGCUAGGGAAAAAAUUGCACUUUAUGUAUAUGAAUAUUUAUUACACGUAGGAGCAUCGAAAGCAGCACAAACAUUCUUAUCUGAGAUACGAUGGGAGAAAAACAUCACACUAGGCGAACCUCCGGGCUUCCUGCAUUCGUGGUGGUGCGUCUUUUGGGAUCUCUACUGUGCGGCACCGGAACGACGAGACACCUGCGAACAUUCAUCCGAGGCCAAAGCAUUUCAUGACUACGGUUUCGUGAGUUCAGGGUACGGAGUGAACGGAAUAGCACACAAUGCCGGACCCGCUCCAAGCCCACUGGGACAGUUACCACCAAACGAAGGGAUGCCCGGCGGCCCGAUGGCACCUUCAGGCUUCUUUCCGAACUCCUCCAUUAGGCCAUCACAACCUUCACACCCUAGUAGUCAGCAGUCCCCACAUCCACAGCCUCCAAACUCGCAUGGACAAUUGAUGAGCGGUCAGCCGUUCAUGGGUGGCCCCCGAUAUCCGCCCGGGCCCAGGCCAGGAGUGAGAAUGCCGCAAGGAAUUGGAAACGAUUUCAAUGGUCCCCCUGGACAACCAAUGAUGCCAAAUAGUAUGGAUCCGACGCGGCAAGGUGAAGCUGGAGACUUUGUAGCAUGGCAAGGCCCUCCAGGUAUGGGUCCUAUGAAUCCUAGAAUGAAUCCACCUCGCGGCCCAGGCAUGGGCCCCAUGGGAGCGGGAACGUACGGUCCCGGUAUGCGUGGUCCCCCGCCAAACAGCAGUUUAGGACCCGGCGGUAUGCCACCGAUGGGUAUGGCCGGCGGUCGGCCCCAAUGGCAACCGAACACAUCGUCGCCGAUGAACUAUUCAUCGUCCUCGCCUGGCAACUACGGAGGACCACCGGGACCGAGUGGGCCACCCGGACCGGGUACGCCCAUAAUGCCAUCACCUCAAGAUUCAUCCAACUCCGGUGGCGAGAAUAUGUACACACCAAUGAAACCUGAAUUCCCUAUGGUCGGUGGCGCGGACGGCAGUGGCCCGAUGGGUGGGCCGAUGGGCCCGAACACGAUGGGUGGCCCGGUACUUAAUAACGAUGGUCUGGACGGCAUGAAGAACAGCCCUGCGAACGGUCCCGGCACGCCACGGGAAGAUUCCGGCAGCGGUAUGGGUGAUUACAACCUUGGUGGCUUCGGUGGUCCAGGCGAGAACGACCAGACAGAGUCAGCCGCUAUACUGAAAAUAAAGGAAAGCAUGCAGGAAGAGGCGAAGCGUUUUGAGAAAGACUCCGAUCAGCCUGAUUACUAUAUGCAAUAACAUCCUCCUUCUCCUACCGCUACUGCGACAGCCGCUACUAGAACUUCUGCUACUUCCGUUAUCGAACCUAGUGCUGAUAUCGUAAAGGCAAUCUAUGCUAGUACUUUUACCAUUACCCCUAUCACUCUCGGCACCACCAUCGUCAUCAUCGCCACUAUUGCUGCUAUCUGCAGCAGGAGCAGCAGCACCAGCAGCGGCAACCACAAUGUCAUCUUCACGAUUGCAACAGAUUUUACCCACAGCGAAGGUCCAACCCAAGGCACUGCUUCCGUGUGGGAUAAAAAGACAACCACCCUAUCAGCAAACAGCACCUUGCACCGGUCUGUAUUGGCCUGUGUUGGGGCAAAACAUUUUAAAGCGAUCAGUUACUACCGUAGGUAACUUCCUCUGAGGUACAGGACUAGGUGGAAAAUUGGUCAUAUAAAAAAAUGCCGCCAAUAAUCUGGUGUCAAGCAUAAAGAAAGUAAUAGUGGUGAUUUUGGUUUGGUGGUGUGACUGGAUGCUGCACACACAGACAAAUUUUUACCAAAAAAAUGCUAUAAAAAAUAUAACAAAAAACUGAAACCCGAUGGUUAGGGAAGGGAAGAAUGGAAGCCGAGAGGGAUAGCAAAGAGUUGGAUAUAAACAUCCGGGAUAGUAGAUUGUAAUAAUCAUCAGCCAGAAAUAGCCAGAAUCUUAAGUUUUUUUUUUCUUUUAUAUAUAUAUUGUUACCUAACAUACCCAGAGGAGGAAAGACACACACGCGGUUUUCAGCAGCAAGAGGGUAAUUUUGGACGAGGAGAAAUGUCGUUGCUACAAGCAUCGAUCUAAUCAGACACACGCCAAAAAGGAUUAAAACACACCACCUAGCCACACACACACACAAGGAGUAGAGAGUCCUGUCUCGAGAAAAGAAUGUCUCCUUCUCACGAAAUUUGUUCGCUGUCGCCACCAAAGGAAGCUCGAUGUUUUGUUUUAUCAUCAUCUCGUGCGUGCGUUUGUGUAUAAUCUCUUAUAUUAGCAAUAUUUAAGAACGAAACAGAACAAAACUCGCAGUAUGAAAGGACAAAUUUUUUGUUUUUUGCAUUGCUAUAUAGGAUCAUUGCUAAUCCUUCCGUGAUCUACGUCUGAUGAUGAUCUUACUUCGGUAAGCAGUCGCAGUCAGGAAGUACAGAAACGGGAACCAAUUUCCGUUUUCGCUUCAUGCAUAUUUCAACCGCAGCAAAACCAAGUAUUCGUGUGUUUGAGUUAUUUAGGGUUUUUUUUGCUUACUUUAAGUACACUCAUGGGACGCUUAUGGGUGUGGUGGUGAUCGGCGUUUUUUGUGUUUUAAAUUAAAGAUUAGAAAAGCGACACGGUUCGAGACUUUCAAUCCCAGAGUACUAUAGGAAACAGGGUAGCAAACGGAAAGCUGGUAAUGUUUUCAAGGAAAACUUGCACGCGGCUGGUUAACGAAAAAAAAGGUAACUCUAAUCAAACACAGUAAGGAAGUAGUAAAAAAUCAAGCACCGUCAACAGCAGCGCGUGUUUUAACUCGGGGAGAGAGAGGAAAUAAGGAGGAAGUGUACUGUGCAAAAGCUAAAAUGAUGUUUUAUUUCUACUUAUGGCGUGCUGCCGGGGGUUUAUUCAACUAACUAGAAAAGGAGCGAGAGGGCAUACAACAGGAGGGAUAAACGGUGGAAUGUAGGUAGUUUUAAGGUUCCCCGAUUUUGAAGAUCAUCACCGAUUAAUAAUGGGAACGAAAUAAAAUAUUAUCCUCGUUCUCCAAACCACACACACACACAAGCAUGAGGAAACCAUUUAAAAGCGAACAGAAAUGUGUGUAAAAACUCGUUAAAUUGAAGAGGAAAAAAAUAAUUAAAGAAGAAAAAUGCAUUGAAUCUUAAAAGAAAACAAUAACGACACAAGUUAAGAAACGGCAAAACCAACCAACCAACCAACCAACCAAUGGGGCACUGUAGAUUAAUUUAUUUCGCACUGGCACCACCGCCCCCGGGGGUAGUAGAGUGUGUGCCUGCGAGAGUUUAUGUGGUUGGGUUGUGCACAUAAACACACAGAACUCGCGCAACGUGUAAUGUUUCGUGCGAGUGUGCGGGAACGCGUUUAAAGAAACCAACAGUAAAUCAUUUAAAUUAUGUCGUAUAGUAGUAUGGAUGGUACAUGAAAACGAAAGAACAAAGUAUAAGUAGUGUAGCGAGCAAACAAAAAAAAAACAAAAACAAAAGCAGUACAUGAGAGAAGAUAUCAAGCGGGAAAGUGGGAAAAAGGUGAAAAGAAAAUCGUUCUACUACACUACUACACAUACAGAUACACCCACACACACCACUGCUGCACACACUAGUGUGCGACAGUAAGCAACAACACAGUAAUAAGAAAGAUUAUGAAAACUUAUGUUGGGAACUGUGCGCGCGCGCGGGGGAAACGGUACUGGCAAAUGAGAUAAAGAAAAGAUACACACAAAAAAAGAGCAACCAACAAAUAAGAGACAAAAAAAAAAAA